CAGGGUGACAGCACGGAGGCACAGUUUUUAAGGACAAUAGGAGGCACUUACAGGAUAUUCCUCUUUUGUAGGUCACAUGUAAGGACCUGAAUGAUUCUUCUUCUGUUUGAAGUUCCAGGCAGGUAAUCUUCUCAACGAGAAGAUGAUAGGGAAGCUGAUUCCUCCAGUGGGAAAACAACUUCUCUUCUUUCGGGAGCAGGCUACUUUGAAGGACCCAACUAGUCUUUCAGUGCUGGAUACCCAACCUAAAGGUGGAAGAACGUCACAGCCAACUCAUGACGCAGUGGAAGCAAGAGCAAGUACUCCAGUGAGCAGUAUAUGUGGAGAGCCAUCGUUAUCAUCUCUAACAGACACUUUACUGUCUGAUGAGGAGGAAGUGUCUCAGCCACCUUCCACAGUUAUCAAUGACGAGACCUCUGGUGACCUUUGGAAUGAUUUGCAGAAUUACAAACUGCCUCUUUUUCCGCCAUGCGUAAAGACCCUCUUACAAACAAGAAAAAGUCCACAAGAUUACCUGCCUGGAACUUCAAACAGAAGAAGAAUCAUUGAGGUCCUUACAUGUGACGUACAAAAGAGGAAUAUCCUGACACCUUCAAAACAGGGAUACACCAACCUACUAGAUGCCCUGUUUAGUGAAUAUCCACACAUUGGAGACCCAAAAUGUUGGAGGAUGUCCCUUCGUACCAAGAUGAAAAACAUUCGAGUGCCACUAACAUCACACAACACUGUGAAAAUUCUUAAAGAAAAAUUUGGCUGUCCAGUAACAGGAGGUCGGAAAAGUACGGCAUUGUCAGAAAAGGAAGAAGUUCAACCACGCAAGAAAAGGCAAAAGCUCAAGGUUGAUUUGGAGGGACAUGAAGAUGAUGAGGUGACUACACGCGCCCACAUAGAUGCACUGAAUGCAGAAUUGAGAAAAGGGUCACCUGAUCUUGCAGUGAUUGCUGUAAAAAUGGACAGAACAUUUGUCUACCGUUGGAAAAGGAUCAACGAUCAACGUUUGUCAGUGGCUGACAUCAUCUCAGAGUUUCCAGCCCUGAGGCGAAGAAAUUUUCUUGCAGGGAAGCUGAACGACAUGGUAUUUUGA